AUGGCCACCCUCGAGGAUCAUAACUACACGAAGAUGGAGAAGCCGCAGAAGCCGCAGAAACCGGCUCAGAAACCGGCUGAAAAGCUGGGAGAACCUGUCGUUUGGUCGAUUCCGGAGGUUCCGAUCACGCAACAGCGCAAACCCUUCUUGCAACCUGAGAAAGAUCAGAAGCUGGCACAUACUGGUACCCCUAGGGCGAACAUCGCUGCUACCUACGAGAAGCCCAAUGGUACGACGGAACAUGGCUGGGCGCGGAGACACCGUCAUCAAACUGUGUUGCAGCAGCACUGCGAGUUCUUCGAUAGCGACAAAGAUGGUGUUAUCUAUCCCACUGACACAUUUUGGGGAUUUUACGCUUUGGGGUUCGGCAUUAUACUCUCAGUUCUGUCCGUCUUCAUCAUCCACGGCAACUUUUCCUAUCCGACCGUGAGCGGAUAUUUGCCGGACCCUCUCUUUCGCAUCUUUCUCGACAGAGUGCACAAGGACAAGCACGGUAGUGACACCAACACGUAUGACACCGAGGGGCGAUUCAACCCUCAAAAGUUCGAGGACAUGUUCUCCAAGUAUGCCGAGGGAAGAGACUACAUGACCAUCUGGGACGUGUUCGCAAUGUUGAAGGGGCAAAGGCUUGUGGCUGAUCCGAUUGGAUGGGGCGGUGCAUUCUUUGAGUGGUUCGCCACAUAUCUUAUGCUGUGGCCAGCAGACGGGAGGAUGACUAAGGAGGAUAUCCGUGGCAUCUACGACGGCAGCCUCUUCUAUACCAUUGCUGAUCGCAGAGCUCAGAAGUAG